AUGAAGCUCGACACAAAGUCACUUCGAUACCUCAACCCUACUGACUGGCGUACCCUUACCGCAGUCGAGAAUGGAAGUCGAAACCACGAAGUCGUUCCCACCUCGUUGAUCGCGAAUCUCUCCAAGUCGAGCGUGGGUGAUGUCCAACGCAGCAUCUCGUUGCUAGCGAAGGCCAAUCUCAUUGCCAAAGUCAAAAACGCCAAAUACGAUGGCUACAGACUGACAUACGGCGGGCUGGACUAUUUGGCUUUACAUUCCCUGCAGAAAAAUAAUGCGGUCUACAGUGUGGGCAAUCAAAUUGGCGUCGGGAAAGAGAGUGAUAUUUUCGUCGUGAGUGAUGAGAAGGGUGAGCAACGAGUGCUCAAAAUCCAUCGACUGGGGAGGGUUAGUUUUAAGAAAGGUGUACGAAAUAAGCGAGACUAUGCUCGGACGAAAACGCAGAAAGAGAGGGGUGCUGGAAGUUGGAUGUAUAUGUCCCGACUUGCUGCAGUCAAAGAGUUUGCCUUUUUGCAAGCGCUUCACAAUGCGGGGCUCAGCGUGCCGACGCCAUUGGGUCAGAAUCGACAUCAGCUGGUUAUGUCACUGAUCGAUGGCUUCCCUCUUCGUCAGAUUGAAAAGGUGCCCGACCCAGCUGGACUGUAUGCGGAGUUGAUGGAGAUGUUGGUGCGACUCUGCUCACUGGGGUUAAUACACGGAGAUUUCAACGAGUUCAACAUAAUGAUCAAGCAGGAGGAGGACGAAGGCGCGAACAUCAAGUUGGUGCCAGUGUUGAUUGACUUCCCCCAGAUGGUCAGUGUGGAUCACGCCAAUGCAGAGUUCUAUUUCGACAGAGACGUUGAAUGUGUGAAGCGCUUCUUUGCCAGACGGUUCGGGUUCACUAGCACUGAAGAAGGCCCACUCUUCAAGGAUGCCAGGCAAGCAGUUGGCAAGGAUGGGGUCGGAAGACUUGAUGUCGAAGUUGAGGCCUCGGGAUUUUCUAGGAAGAUGGCCAAAGAACUGGAGGAUUACAUGAAAGAGCACGGGGUCGACGGUGACGCAAAAGAGGCUGAAACAAUCGAUAGGGAUACAACUGAUUCUGAAGAUGGAGCGGAUGAGGAGGACGGGGAGACUGGUUCUGGACUUGAUCCAACCCUGUUCCCUGUCGCGGGGAUUCAUGAAUGA